CUGUUUCCCACUAGUUAGCGUAAGUGGUCUGUAGGGAAACCUGUGACUGAGAGAGAAGAAGAUAGAAUGCAGACUCACCUCCUGGUGGGUCUCACCCCAAUCAAGGGCUGCCGUCGAUUCUCAUCCGCCAUCUCCGGCGACCUCCUCCCUCCGUCGUUCAAUUCGUGUGGUCGUGAGUCUCGUGACCUUUACCACCACCGUCGAAGAUACCGCGAGGGCAGAUCUCGGUGGCAGCGCUGUCGUCGGAAGACGACUGUUAUAUCAGCGGCAUCUUCUUCUUCUUCCUCUUGGUCUUCGGCUUAUAAUAACGGUGAGAAGAACCACUACGUCGUUUUGGGAAUCGGUCGCAACGCCACGCAAGCUGACGUCAAGAGAGCUUAUCGCUUGCUCGCUCGAAAGUUUCAUCCUGAUGUGAACAAAGACUCUAAAGCCGGAGAGCUAUUCAAGAGCAUUCGUUGUUCCUACGAGGUUCUAUCUAAUGAAGCUACAAGGAUUCAGUACGACCGGUCACUUAAACAUCAAGAAAACUCGAGGUUCUCUAGAGUGAAAAGGCACUACAACACCCCUGACACCGAGCUUGAAGAUGCCAUGAAGUAUUGUUACAACUGGUCCCAGAAAAGACGAGGAUCCAGAUACGAGAGAGCCUACGGACACUACUCUACAUAUCAAAACUCACAUUUCUACAGUGACCCACACGAACAAGAAGAAGAAGACACGGCUCAAGAACAGAGAGACUCCUUCGCCAAAGUUCUCAAAACUGCCUUCCUCUCCAUGUUUCUCCUAUACACGCUCGGGUACCUAGCAUCUCUCACGUUCAGCACGUUCUCAGCUUUGCUAGACAAGGAGCUAGACAUGGGUUACAAAUCUGGGUUCAUGAUAGCUUGGAUACUAGGGGGAAAAGGAGGUAUCCUUCUCACUCUCUGCCUGACGUUUGCAAGCUGGCUAUGCGGGAAAGCAAGCAGCAGCGUGGUGGUUGUUAUGGUGGUGGCGAUGUGGGUUGGGUCCAAUUUAGCAAGACAUGCUCCUCUUCCACAAGGAGCUCUUCUCACACUCCUCUACAUGUCAAUCAAGCUUCAAGUCGACUCAAGGUGAAUCUUUAAUCUCAAAGUUAGGUUGUAAAUAAUAUUAGAUUAAACAUUCUCUUUCAAGUUGUAUAACUUCUCUAUUGCAAUAUCUCGUAUGAUGGAGAAAGUGUCUAUUGCUUGAAAGUUACAAACUCCAAAUUUUUCUUUUA